UUGCUGUCUUCUCUGAUUCCGCAAAAGCUUCCAAAAUGUCUCUUUUAAUUUCCUUCUUGAUUGGGAUACAGAUGCUCCACUUGGUAGCUGCCUCGUCCCCUUUUCCCUUUCUUUACCCGUCAUGCAAUUCUUUGGUGGUAAAGGCCGCUGCAGAAGUGGCCCUUGACAAACUCAACGCCGAUCGGUCAGAAGGCUACAUUCUUGCCCUCCAGCGCAUUUAUGAUGCCCGUGAAAUACCCCAGCGGAAUGGCGGUUCUCUUUUCUACCUCACCCUGGAUGUAUUAGAAACGGAAUGCUAUGUCCUGACUGGGAAACAGUGGAAAGAAUGCAAGAUUAGAAAUAUGCACGAGACAAUCUAUGGCCAAUGUAAAGUAAUAAUUCACUUCAACAGGAAUUCUGAUCGUUCACACUUGUACAGUUAUCACUGUGACUUACGCCCACUUUGUAGUUUGGUUAUUCUGGGUCUUUGUCCCGACUGCCCAACGCCUGGAAAUCUUACUGACGCCAAGUAUCAGCAGACAGCACUGGAGACGCUGGCCAAAUUCAAUGCUGAAAAUGAGCAUAAUCAUUAUUUUGUCCUUGUUAAUGUCACCAAAGCCAGUUCACAGUGGGUCAUUGGUUCUUCCUACUUUGUGGAAUACACCAUCUGGGAGACUUCCUGUCGCAAAAGUCCACCUGUGUCUGACAUCACUCGGUGCCCUCUCCUCCCAGUUGAAACUGCAGAAAGAGGUCUAUGCAAAGGCUCUGUGAUGAUCAGCGAGGUAGACAAAAAUAAAUUUGUCACUGUAAAAUGUGAGUUCUUCCCACAUCUGCCACCAGUAACAGGUGAACAGACUCCACAAUCCGAGUCUAGACCUGGACAGGAGGAGCAUCAGGAUGAUGGUGAAAGACACAGAGAUGAGAAUCAACACCAUCAUCACCACUCUCAUCUCCACCACCACAAACAUCAUGGACAGGAUCAGGAAGACCAGAAGCCACACCAGCCUCACCCCACAGCUGGCAUCCAGGAGACACCAUCAAAGCAAAAGAAACCAGUGGGCGAGGUGAUCAUCCAUCCUUCUUCGAGCAAAAAUCCAUUUCUGGAAAUGCAGGAACCCAAUUUAACCUCUGGCCCCACACUUGCUUCUCCAGAACAAGAAGGUGGGCCUCAUUCAGCCAAGCCAGCCCAGCCAACUAUUCCUCCCUUCCCCAGAGGGUUUUCCAAAUCAGCCCAAUGUCCAGGAGACACUGCAGUAGAAAUCCCUGGCCUUCAACUGCCUUCACGGCCACAGGCUGAAACCUCCUAAACGAAGAGUGAUGUACGACACUGAUAGCUUUAAUUCAGAGGAAACAGAGCAAAAACCCUCUGGAUGAGCAGGAAACCAAAGGAAGGGAAAACAUUCUAGAGCUCUUUCAUUAUCAAAAAGUAUCUGGAAAAUGUGGAUGUAGACAGAACUGAUAUAUGUGAGCAUAUUAGAGCAUCCUUCUGAUAUGGAAGUAAAUAAAUCUUGGUAAUUAA